UCUUCCCGCGUAACAUGAAGCUGGAUAGCAAAACGGCAUCGUUCUACUACUCCCGCCCGUCGGAGUGGCUCAAUGGUCGUCGUGCCAUCGUACCAGCUGCCCAUAUUUUGGGAGGAGGCUCCAGCAUCAAUUUCAUGAUGUACACCAGAGCAUCCGCUUCGGACUACGACGACUUCCAGGCGAAGGGCUGGACCACCAAAGAGCUGCUACCUCUCAUGAAGAAGCAUGAAACAUAUCAACGUGCAUCGCAGAAUCGUGACAUCCACGGUUUCGACGGCCCCAUUAAGGUCUCCUUCGGCAAUUAUACCUAUCCAAUCAUGCAGGACUUCUUGCGCGCCUCGGAAUCUCAAGGCAUUCCCGUAACCGAUGACCUUCAAGAUCUUGUCACUGGCCAUGGUGCCGAGCAUUGGUUGAAAUGGAUCAAUAGGGACACUGGUCGAAGGUCAGACUCCGCCCAUGCAUAUAUCCACAGCACGCGUUCGGUCUAUGAAAACUUGCACCUUGCGUGCAACACCAAGGUUGAGAAGGUCAUUCUCGAAGGCAAUCGCGCUGUCGCUGUACAGACAGUGCCCACAAAGCCACUCCAUCCCCAGGAGAACAAGACAAAGGUGUACAGAGCCCGGAAGCAGAUAAUUGUCAGUGGCGGAACUCUAAGCUCCCCAUUGAUCCUUCAGCGAUCUGGAAUCGGUGACCCGGAGAAGCUCCGCAGAGCUGGUGUCAAACCACUUGUUGACCUGCCAGGCGUCGGCCUCAAUUUCCAGGAUCACUACCUCACCUUUGCACCCUACAGAGCUAAGCCACACAUCGAGUCGGCAGAUGAUUUCCUUCGUGGGGAUCCAGAAGUCCAGAAGCGGGUCUUCGACCAGUGGAACAUUAAUGGAACAGGACCUUUGGCGACCAAUGGCAUCGAAGCCGGUGUAAAGAUUCGUCCUACUGAAGAGGAAUUGAAAACGAUGGACAAAUGGCCAUGCAGUGAGUUCAGCAAGGCGGGAUGGGAUUACUUCAAAGACAAACCGGACAAGCCGGUCAUGCAUUACAGUGUUAUAGCCUCAUUCUUUGGCGACCACAUGACGAUCCCACCAGGCAAGUACUUCACCAUGUUCCACUUCCUCGAGUAUCCGUUCUCUCGUGGAUCCACUCAUAUUCAAUCGCCGAAUCCGUACGAAACGCCGGACUUUGACGCUGGAUUCAUGAAUGACGCACGUGAUAUGGCGCCAAUGGUUUGGGGAUACAUCAAGUCUCGUGAGACAGCGAGGCGCAUGGACGCGUACGCCGGUGAGGUGACCAGCCAUCAUCCUAUCUUCCGAUACGAUUCAAAGGCGCGUGCGAUGGAUAUGGACGUCGCAACCACAAAUGCCUACGCCGGUCCGAACCAUAUCACGGCGAACAUCCAGCAUGGUUCCUGGACGGAAAGAGUCGAAGCAGGAAAGACACCCGACAAGGCCUUCCUCAACUCUAAUCAGCAAGAAGUACAGUAUGAUCUCGACUAUACGAACGAGGACAUUCGUGCGAUCGAAGAAUGGGUCAAGCACCACGUCGAGACAACCUGGCACAGCUUGGGCACGUGCUCUAUGGCCCCGAAGAAUGGCAAUUCGAUUGUCAAGCAUGGUGUGCUUGAUGAGAGAUUGAAUGUUCAUGGCGUGAAGGGCCUUAAGGUCGCCGAUUUGUCAAUCUGCCCGGACAAUGUUGGCUGUAACACGUAUUCGACGGCAUUGCUGAUUGGAGAGAAGUGUGCCAUGCUGACCGCUGAAGAUCUCGGAUACUCUGGGAGUGCUCUGGAUAUGAGAGUACCUAACUACCACGCUCCAAGAGAGAUCGCGGGUCUGUCCAGGCUAUAGUUUUCUUUCGCCAUUUAACGCGAGAUGACCGCAGGGCUCAUUAUAAUGUUAAUGGAGCUAUGUAUUGACAGAGGGUUGGAUUACUGAGUGAUUAUAGCUGUACUUAAUUGACAAUGAAAUGAUGAUCAA